CGAUUAUGGUUGACUAGUUUACUUGGGGGACUUAGUCAAACUGCAUUUCUCCCUCCUUCACCCCGGUUCGAGUGGAGUUCACCGGAGGUUAUUCGAGUGUGAUCUCACUCUCCCCUUCUCGAUGGUUCUUCGGGAUCUCCCCCGUCGGGUCCGUCCCUCCUCUGGUCCCCUCAGAAUGGAAUCCGACACGAUUCCUCUUAUCUUGGUCAUGUUUUUGUCUGUUACAACAAGCGUUUGAAGCUGUAUUGUGAAUUUCCGUUUCCCUCAUAUGUUCGUACAUUUAUAUCAAUGGAAAAGCGUCAACUUGUGACUCUAUACGCUAUUAAAUCGUCAUCGUUUCUAUCCCGCAGCGCAUGCGUGGUUGGCGAAACGCUCUACAGAGCAGCAGCUAACCUUCAGAAGGGCGAAUUUGUCCAUACAAGGUUCGCUCUUUUGGAUUUUGGCUAAGACAGGAUGACAGAAAUUCUCGAAAGUGAAGGCCCUACGUUUCUUCGACCGCACGAUGGGCCAGGGGCAUCUACAUCUCAGCCACGCAACACCCAGGGCAUUUCAGGGAACUCGUCUGGAGCAGGUACAGUUCCUCUGGAAGGGGAUUCACCGUCUACUCAUAGACAUGAGGCGAACACGGAUGUAGUUCUACCGUAUUCUAUCGAGGAGCCAGACGACGAACCUGCCGAGACUGCAGGAACGACGACGGGCAAGCCGGUGAUACGCUUACUUGUUGGAGAUGAUUCGGAGAUGUGGCAGGGAGAGCUGGUGGACUCGAUGGAGGGGCUCCAGUGCGACUCAGACCAAAGCGCUAGCCAGACAAGAGGGAAGAAAAGAAAGCCUUCCACGACGGCAACAGGUACAUCUCGACCAUCGCGACAGUCAUCUUCCGGCUCUAUACCCAAUGCUCAACGUGACGAGUCCAAUGAUGGUCCCAAGAGGAGGCGCCGAAAAGGCAGAUGCACGAAGGAUCAUUUGUCCCCAGGGAUGUUUUGGCAGCAUGACAGCAGUGAGACCGGAUCGUCGGGGGGCUACAGUUCAAGGUCUCCGUCAACGGAUGACAGUGGAACUCAGCCUCCCAGUCACACCGAUACCGAUGCAAUGGAUCUAGAUGAAUGAGUGAUGUUCCUACGGGAGAUUGACAUCGCAC